GUCUCCACCAGUACUUUCCUCAGUCCCUCUUUCAUUACAUGGAUGAAUAGAAGUGAAUGUUUUGAUGACCAAUUGAGGGGCAGUGUUGAUUUGAAGGUGCUUCUUUUCCGACGAUGCCGCAUGGCGUGAGGCUGGUCACGGCGCGACCGACACUGACGCAGAGAAACGGCUUGACAUGGCAGAGAUGGCGAUCGCAAAGCAGAGCCCCAUUGGUCCACCUUCAGAGACUUCAUGUUGAUGGAAGAGUGCGGUUGUCGAAUGAGUGGGCCCCAUCGGGAGGCAUAGCCGCAAGUGAGAACGAAGAUUCGCAUUCAAAAUUAAUCCGUGCUGGAUUUCUGCGACAGUCUCAUUCCGGCAUUUUCCACCUUCUACCUCUUGGGCUUAGAGUACAUGACAAGGUUGUCAGUCUCGUUGAUCGCUACAUGCGCGGCCUAGGAGCAUCACGAGUCCAGCUAUCAACAAUAUCAUCCGAGGCCCUGUGGGAGCAGAGUGGCCGCCUAAGCAAGAUCGGCUCUGAGCUUUUCCGGUUCAGCGAUCGAAAAGAAGGGAAGUAUCUGCUGGCACCUACCCACGAAGAAGAGAUCACAGCCCUGGUGGCCCGCUCUGCAAAGUCAUACAAACACCUGCCCUUGAGGCUGUACCAAAUAACGCAGAAGUACCGAGAUGAGCUGCGCCCUCGUCAAGGCCUUCUUCGAGGCCGCGAGUUCUACAUGAAGGACUUGUACACAUUUGACUACUCCAACGAAGCGGCACUGGAGACCUACGAGGAAGUACGGAAGGCUUAUUCGCAGAUAUUCAUACAAGAGAUGAAGCUCCCCGUGCUCGUGGCCCAGGCGAGCUCUGGCGACAUGGGCGGCAGCUUGAGCCAUGAAUAUCAUAUCGCCACCGCGCUCGGCGAGGAUCAUGUUAUGAGCUGCCACAGCUGCGGCUACGUUGCCAACGAGGAGCUGGCUGAGAGCCGUCCGGCCGCCGCCGUCUUCGUGGACGGUGCCUGCCACCCGAAAGCAUGGCAUGGGGUUUCCAAGGACCGCAAGACCCUCGUGCGGGUCUGGUUCAACUCUGACCAGUUUUCCGCGGAGGACAUCAGCACCCACGCCGUGAAGCAGGCUUUCCCCGACCUCGAUUCUGGGGUCGAGGAUCCCGAGCCAUUCUGGGCUGCCGCGAUCAAGGAGUUCACGGCCGGCCAGGACUCCCAGGUCCGCGUCGUCAACCUAUUCGACGACAGGCUGCCCAAGGAAAUGAGGUCACAACCGACUCUCGACGAGAACGACCCUGCCGACCUGAAGCGCGUCCCAGUAGUCAACCACGAACAAAGCAUCCCCAACCCCUUUCGCAUCAAAGAAGGCGACGCGUGCCCCCAUUGCGACGACGGCAAGCUCAAGGUGCAGAAGGCUAUUGAGCUGGGCCACACCUUCCACCUCGGGACGCGGUACUCGGAGCCUCUCGGCGCGAGCGUCAGCGUGCCCGCCCGGCUGCUGCCCGAGAACAGCGGCAGCCAGCAGGCCGGCGGAGACGAAACCACCAUGGUGCAUAUUCAGAUGGGCUGCCACGGCAUCGGGAUAUCGCGCAUCAUCGGAGCGGUGGCGGACCACCUCGCCGACGAGAGGGGCCUCAAUUGGCCGCGCGUCAUCGCGCCGUACCAGGUCGUGGUCAUCUUCCAUACCAAGGACACGAAGCUUGCGGGCGACGCGGCGGACGUGUACGACCAGCUGGUAGCCGGCGGACGGGAGCAUGAUGUCGAUGCCAUCAUCGAUGACCGCCAGGAUGCCAGCUUGGGGUGGAAACUGAAGGAUGCCGACCUCGUUGGGUAUCCUGUGAUCGUGGUACUCGGUAGGGAAUGGAAGGCGUCUGGGCGGGUAGAAGUGCAGUGUAGGAGGCUCGGUCAUAAAGACUUGGUGCCGCUCGAGAGCCUGAGGUCUCAUGUGGAAGGGCUCCUGCGUGAGCUCUAGAUGGUUCAUUUGGGGGUUGAUGGACAACCCCAGCUUAUAAAAUAUCCACGUAAAGCCAUAUAACAGCAUAGGCGAACCAAACUCAAUAUACUCACUCCUACCAG